AUGAACGCAAUUCGGCAAACCCACCUGUUGAACAAACGGGAACUCGAAAAUGCAACACCUCCCUCCGCAUCCUGGCACGCCGAUUAUCGAGACACGGCAUACAUUUACGUCGGUGGACUGAAUCUGGACCUUACUGAAGGUGACGUUGUCACCAUCUUCUCGCAAUACGGAAACCCCACUCAUUUAAAUUUGAUCCGCGACAAAGACACGGGAAAGAGCAAAGGCUUUGCGUUCCUCAAAUAUGAAGAUCAGCGCAGCUGUGAUCUUGCCGUGGACAAUUUAGGAGGUGCCGAGGUCCUGGGGAGAAUGUUGAGGGUGGAUCAUACGAGAUACAAGAAGAAAGACAACGAGGAUGAAGAUACAUAUCGGAUUGACCGUUUGGAGCAAGAGGCUGAAGCGGAGCUCAAUGUGAAUGGGAAGAGAGGGAGUGAUAAUACGGAGGGUGAGGAUGGCGAAGAAAGGCAUGAGAGGAAGAAGAGAAGGUCGAUGUUAAAAGAAGAGCGCGAGUUGGAGGAGUUGCUAGCCAUCGAGCAAGGCGGGGAGAAGGAAGAGGAGGAUCCAAUGCGAGAUUAUUUAAUUAGAGAGAAGAGGGAAGAGGUCGAGAGAGCGAAGGAGAGGGAGAAACAUUCAAGGAGCAAGCAUAGACAUCGUCGAAGAGAAGAUGAUGAAGGUGAGCGCGAUGAGGAACGAAGCGAAAGACGACACCGGCAUCGAGACCGAGUCCGUCACGACAGGGAUAGACCCAAAGAUGAUGAGCACGAGAGAAGACGAAAGAAGCAUGAGGAUCAUCAUUCCUAUCGUCACCGAGAGCACCGUCACAGAGGCCAUCAAGAACACAGGCAGGACAGAAAGUCAUCGAGGGACCGCCACUCGAGGCGUGAGGAUGACUGA